AUGAGAAAAAAGUGGAUAUUGGAGGAUUUUCAUUUUAUCUUUUUUGGUGUGCUCUGUCUCCUUUUCAUAGAUGGAGGUAAACUACAACAAGUAAAACAUUCAGAUACAUACUGUGUGUUUCAAGAUAAGAAGUAUCGUGUAGGAGAAAGAUGGCAUCCUUAUCUAGAACCCUAUGGCCUGGUUUACUGCGUUAAUUGUCUUUGCUCAGAGAAUGGAAAUGUACUGUGCAGCAGAAUAAGAUGCCCAAGUCUACACUGUCCUUCCCCUGUGCAUGUACCACAGCUGUGCUGCCCACGAUGCCCAGAAGACUCCCUUUUCUCAGUAAGCAGCAAAAUCACCGGGAAAUCCUGUGAAUACAAUGGCACCACCUACAACCACGGCGAAAUGUUUGUGGCAGAGGGGCUUUUCCAAAACAGGCAAGCAAACCAGUGUGCCCAGUGCAGCUGCUCAGAAGGAAAUGUGUACUGUGGGUUGAAGACUUGUCCCAAAUUAACUUGCUCUUUCCCAGUUUCUGUUCCGGAGUCCUGCUGUCCAGUUUGCAGAGGAGAUGGAGAAUUAUCAUGGGAACAUGCUGACGGAGAUAUCUUCCGGCAGCCAGCCAACAGGGAAGCUAGACACUCAUACCAUCGCUCCCACUAUGACCUGUCACCCAGCUCUGUGAGGCAGGUAGUCAACAUUCCACGAUUUCCCAAUGCCAGGAGUAACCGUGGAGUCCUACCGGAUCCCCAGCAAGCUUCAGGAACAAUAGUACAAAUCGUCAUCAACAACAAGCAUAAGCACGGACGAGUUUGUGUUUCAAAUGGCAAAACAUACUCGCAUGGUGAAUCGUGGCAUCCUAAUCUCCGGGCCUUUGGAAUCGUAGAGUGUGUGUUGUGCACCUGCAACAUCACCAAACAAGAAUGUAAGAAAAUUCAUUGUCCAGAGCAAUAUCCCUGCAAAUACCCUCAGAAAGUAGAAGGAAAAUGCUGUAAAGUCUGUCCAGGUAAAACAAAAACAGAAGAAGUGCCAAGUCAAACCUUUGACAACAAAGAUUACUUCUGUGGGAAAGAGACAUUUCCCGUCUAUGAAUCCGUUCUCACAGAGGAAGGAGAAACCAUCAGAAAAAUUGCAGUAGAGACUGAAAAGCCACCUCAAAUAGAAAUACAUGUGUGGACAAUUAGAAAAGGUAUUCUACGUCACUUCUAUGUUGAAAAAGUGUCCAAGAGAGAAUUUGAAGAACUUCCUUACUUCAAGCAGAUAACAAGGACAACACCUAGCCAGUGGAAAAUAUUUAGCGAGGGAGAAGCUCAGAUCAGCCAAAUGUGUGAAAGCAGAGUGUGCAGGACUGAGCUCGAGGAUUUGGUAAAGGUUUUGUACCUUGAAAAGUCUGAAAAGGGUCACUGUUAAGGGAGACAGCACUGGAGGGAGAAACACAAGAAAACUUAUGAAAACUUGGAUCUGCAGCUGGACUGCAGGCUUAUUUUGCUUAAGUCAACAGUUGCCCUAAAACCCAAAACUAUAAUGCAGUAAUUAUUCACAUCAUGCACAGCAAAUUUGCUGCUUUAUGUGUAGUGGUCUGUGUCAACCGUUCAAAUAUCUCCUCCAAAAGACUAGGAGGCUCUGUAUUACUGGUGGGGGAAGGAGAAAGAGAGACUGUACUUUCCCAGAGUUGCAUUUCUUUACAAGUUAAAAAGAGAAAACAGAGCAUUUUUAUUAUUAUUAUUUGGCAAGUUAUUCAAACUAAUGAAAAGAAGGACACCUAAUAAAUGUGCAGGAGCUAUGGAGAGCAUUAUUUCCUGUGCUGAAUUUAUACCAUUUCUGGGUGUUGAAAUGACUCAUGGAUUUUUUUUUUUUUAGUACUGGAGGAAAAAUACAAGUGAUACAAUACUUGUGUGGAGACACAAAAAACAGAUUUAAACUAACAAACUCCUAAGCAGCCUGCCUUUGGGGUGAUGUCUUGUAGUUGAGCAAACUGAGUCCAUAAACUGAACAGCAGGUGUUAGUGGCAAUCACUAUAUUUUUGUAGCAAUUUGAGCAAAUGUUCGCUUUUAAGUGGUUUUCACUGUUUCCUCCACCCACUUCUCUAAAAAAUCUGAGGUUUAAGCUCCCUAUCACAGCCUUAGUAACUUCAUUCUUCUGGGCCCUAUUAACACAUGGUUUUGGCUGAUAAACUGCCUUCUAAAGUGAUGUGGCAGAAGGUAAAGUACUUGCAGUACUUUCAAAACACCUAGACGGUUAAACUUGCCGAUUAAUAACUCCUUUAGAGUUGUGACAGUGCUUAAUUUAUUUGUUCUGAUUUGUUACAAACCUAAUCUUCUGCAUGUUUC